AUUAGUAACUCUAAGUUCACCUUCUCUUUAAAACGAAGGCAAUAAAAAUAAGAAAAUAGAAGAAAUGAAAGGAAGAACAAAUAAUAUUGUGCCUGAUUAUCUUCUUUUCCAAUUAUAUCGUUAUUAGAGAAAUCUGAAGCCACAGUUACACACCAUAAUCAAUAUUGCCUCUAUAAACAGUCCAAUCAACUAAGAUUCUUUUUAUUUCUUCAAAAAUAACUAGUUUCCUAAAUGAGCAAAUUUUCUUUUAUUCCUUUUAAUGUACUAAUGUUGUAAACUUGUCAGGAACCAUUUUUUUUUCUACUCUAUCCUUUCCCAUAAUACUUCCAUCUUAAUCUAUGUUAUAUACUUGGAGAACUAAGGAAAGAUUAGAGAUAGACAACGUCAUAUGAUUUUCUUUGUAUGAUACACAUUGUGCAUUCCUAAAUGGAAUAGGUUAAUAGUACACAUGAUGCGUUUUAUGACAUAAACAAAUUAAAAAAAACUUGAUCUUUCAUUUGCGAUCAGACAUGGACAAGAGUUGGAUUGCAUUGGGUAAGACACCUGAUGGAAGGAUGAGUCAGCCAUUUAUUGAUGGGGUGACAUCAUUUAUCAAAUUUGCAAUGGCAGUUGUUGACCAGGAAGGUGGUAUUGAUGCCUUAGUGGAAGAUCGAAUAAGAGGAGAACCCAACGAUGCACCCCAGAAUGAGGAAGUACAAACGUUUGAUAAACUAUUGAAUGAUGCCAAACGUGAGGUGUACUUAGGUUGCACAAACUACACUCUGUUGAAGUUUGUCAUCGAGCUGCUUAAUAUGAAGGUAACAAACCACUGGAGCAAUAAGUCGGUUAACACACUAUUGGAGUUUUUAACAAAACUUUUACCAAAAGAUAAUUUGGUUCCAAAGUCAUUUUAUGAAGCUAAGAAAAUACUUCGAGAUUUGGGCUUGUCAUAUGAGUUAAUUGAUGCUUGUAUAAAUGAUUGUGUACUCUUUUGGAAGGAAAAUGCAAGGUUAGAUAAAUGUCCAAAAUGUAAGGCAUCCAGAUACAAGAUCAAUCGUGGCAGGGGUAAGAAGAUUCCCCAUAAGGUGUUGCGGUACUUCCCAUUAACACCAAGGUUGAAAAGAUUGUACAUGUCAAGAAAGACUGCUGAGGACAUGAGAUGGCACAAGGAGAAACGUAUAGAUGACGGAGUAUUGAGACAUCCCGCCGAUAGUGAUGAAUGGAAGGAAUUUGAUGUGCAACAUCCUCAGUUUGCCCUGGAGCCUCGAAAUGUGAGGCUAGGGUUGGCUGUUGAUGGGUUCAAUCCUUUCGGGAACAUGAGCAACUCGUAUAGUUUAUGGCCUGUAGUACUCAUUCCUUAUAACUUGCCACCUUGGUUGGUUAUGAAAGAUCCCUUUCUUAUGAUGUCACUACUUAUUCCUGGAGAAUCACAACCAGGGAUCGAUAUUGAUGUCUACAUGAGACCUCUGGUGGAUGAGUUGAAUGAGUUGUGGGAAAAUGGUGCAUUAUCUUACGAUGCCGUAACUGGUGAGUCUUUCCAGAUGCGUGCAGCUUUGAUGUGGACUAUACACGAUUGGCCCGCAUUUGGUGACAUAUCUGGGUGGAGAACAAAGGGUCAUUAUUCUUGCUACACUUGCAAUGAUGAACCAUAUUUUCAAUCCUUGAAAGGUAAGACUGCAUACACUAACCAUCGAUGCUACUUGCCUCAAAACCACCCCGAAAGGCGAAAGAGUAAGGCUUACAAUGGUAAGCAUGAGAAGCAAAAGAGAUCUUUAAAGUUACCAGUGGAAAAGAUAUUAGAGCAAUUGGACAGAGUGACAGGUGUCACAGAAAAGACUCCGUCAGGCACCAAAUUGGACAAAGGCAUUGAUGGAAAGAACAAAGACACCGACAAAGCACGGAUGGACUUGGAAGAUAUGGGUAUAAGGAAAGAGUUGUGGUUAACACGUCAUCCUGAUGGAACUUAUGUCAAACCUAGGGCAAUCUUUUCAUUGACCCCUGAAGAGAGGGAGGGUUUCUUUGAAUUCUUGAAAUCAGUGAAGUAUCCGGAUGGCUAUGCUGCAAACAUAUCAAGAUCAGUGAAUGCGAGAAAUGGUAAAUUAACAGGCUUGAAAAGUCAUGACUGCCAUGUACUCAUACAACGGAUUCUUCUGUUCUUGGGUUUGGUCUGA